UGACGUCUUUCCGGGGCGGUCGGGGUGGGGCUCCGCGUUCACCCGCGAGCUGAGCGAACUGGGUGUCGCUGCGGUCCACGUCCCCGCGCGGGGCUGAGUCGCUGAAGUGGCUACGCUGCGGUGCGAGGGCCACAGGCCUGCCGCGCCCGGGUGUACCUGACACAGCAGAGGAGCACCUGCCUCUGCCUACGUGUGCCUCAGCGAAUGCCAUGGCCUGGGAGUGCCCUGCCCAGCCGCUCUCACCUGCAAAGCCAGACUUACUAUGGCAAGUACAGGAUGCCAAGCCCACAGCUGCCCCAGGAGGACAUCAGCUUGGCCUCCCAGUCUGCACUGAGCAGCUGCCUCUGAUCCCUGGGCCAAGCAGAAGGGAACUGUUGACAGCCUGAAGCGCUGGCCGGCUGAGAGGCUCAGAGACCACCAGCUCUGCUUCCAGCUCACCAGCAAGAUGUGGACAGCCCUGGUGCUGGUUUGGAUUUCCUCCGUGCCCUUAUCUAGAAGCCAUAUGGUGUCUGAGGAGUCACUCAUGACCAAGAUGUGGCCCAAGGCAGUAAAGCAAAGUGAGCCUAGGAACACAAGUUCAACGGCUGAUAAUAAACCAACCGAGGGAACAGCCACAGUGUCACAUACUCCUGUCACAUCGAUCACAGGGACCUGGGCAGCCAGCCUGAACGUUACCAAAGUGACAGCAGAGAUGACAACACACCGGACAAACACAAGCAUUCCAACAACCAGAGAGCGCACUGCAGACAGUGUGACCUCCAGAACUCUUGCACCACCACCUACACCGUCAAGCUCCUCAUCCAUAGGGAAGACUCUACCCAUCACAACUGCUGGACUUUCCUCUCUCAGCACACCCCGUGCAGAAGUGCCAAGUGCAAACGCCAGCACACCAAGAACAGCCACAGUGGCAACAGUGGCCCCACACACCAUGACUGUUGCUGCAGGCACUGUGAACACAAGCGGUCCCACAAGGACUCUGAGUCCUGCCAAAAGCACACCUACUAACACAUCCACCGUGAACACCAUACCCACCUCGGGUGCCCAGAUACAAGGUGCCACCAUCCAUGUGACAACAGGGCAGCCAGUGCUUAGCACAGCAGAUAGGUCAACACCUAGUCCUUCACGUACCACCCUGGAGCCCACCACCACCCAGAUACAAACCAAGGAGCCAACUGCCAGCACAGUGCCAGUGUCUCCUACCAACCCCACCCCUGAAGUGGAAGCCAUGACCCCCACCACACAGCCAAGCCCUACAGUAUCCACGCAGGGGACAGGUGGGCCAGGCACACCCCUGACAACAGAGCGGGCGGAGACCAAAGCCACGGCUGGUACUGCCUCUGCUGGGCCAACACCCAGGAGCUCUGGGGACCCUAAGGUGCCAACCACAGACUCGUGUCAGCUCAGCACCCAAGGCCAGUACCUCGUGGUCACAACUGAACCCCUCACCCCAUCCUUGGUGAACAAAAUGUUACUUUUGGCGGUGCUCGUUCUUGGGGUGACCCUCUUCAUCGCAGUCCUGGUGAUGUUUGCCCUGCAAGCCUAUGAGAGCUACAAGAAGAAGGACUACACUCAGGUGGACUACCUGAUCAAUGGCAUGUACGCUGACUCGGAGAUGUGAGGCCCCAGGAGGCCAGCCUCCUCCAUGGCCGCCUUUUUUGCCUCAGACCAAACCAAGUGCUUCCAGAUCCUCUCGGUGCAAUCUCAGAACUGUGCCAGAUGCUUAGACACACUUAAUUGCUAUCAGAUCAACUCCAUGAUCGUGAGAGAGCUGCCUUUUCAUAUUUAUUUUUCUAAACCAUCACAUAUGCAGGAGUGGCCAGGGCCGAGGGGCCUGACCCACUUGGCUCUUGAUGUGUGAAAUCUUGACCAGAAUUAAAAGCAGUGACUGCUCUGGC